UUUUGUAGAUACAGAGAGGGGUGCGCUGAUCUACUGCUUGGAGUCUUGGGGAAAGUACGAGGAGGCAGAAGAGGAGGGGGUUUCCUUGAUGGGGAGGUUGAAGAUUGAGAAGAGAGAUGGGUUGGAUCCUGAGAUUGUGAAGUUGGCUACCAAGGUCGUUUCUUGCCUGAUUGGAUGUGCGUACAAGCGAGGAGCAAAGGAUGAAGGGGUUUAUAGGAGGUGUUUGCAGCUCGUGGAGCAGGUGUUGCCUUGCAUCAGGGUCUUAGACACAGACUCAGCGGAAAAGUACCACACUCUGCUUGUGAAUGCUCUCUGUAGAUGUGCACUCUUCCUAGCUGGUGAAUGCAUUUCUUAUGAUAGUAGUCUGGUACGGGAAUUUUGCGAGAAGAGCUUGACAGAGUGCUUGCUGUCUUCUUCAAUCGUCUGCUUCCAAAAUAUUUCACGCAACAUUUGUAAAUCUAUUGAUAACAGCUGUGGGAGCAGAUCCUUUCUUAUCCUUGACAUGCUAAACAUCACUCUAAAAAGUUCUCAGUGUGAAUGCAAGGUCGGUGUAGUGAAAUAUGUAAAUGCAUCACUUGAAUUUGUAGCAUAUUGUGUUAAUAGCAUACGCUAUACUAGUAUUGACAUCCGCAGAGGCGCUGCACAACUACUACAUAGAUAUGGAGGUGAUUUUCUUCAGGUUUCACCUUCUAUGGCCUCGAUUCUGUUCCUUUAUGGCACUGGGUUAUAUUUUAAGUUGAGCAACGCUGAGAGAAAUGAUGCCUCUCCAUUUUUUACGUCUCUUGACAAUGGAAAGAAAAUUCCACGUCUGACUCAUGCAUUGGAUACCUUAGCUACACACUUUGAUACCUCCAUCCAUAGUAACAAAGUACUUUCUCAGAAAGAAAGUGCUUUGUCAUUUGCUGCUUUAGAGCCUCUAGGGAGCAAGCCCUCCAAGCACAUACAUGGAAAUGUCUCUAUAUUAUCAUACUUAGAUGCCUUGGAAUAUUUAUGCUUGGUGCUAGUUGAACAUGUAAAUGCAACGUGGGAAAAUUGUUCUUCACAAGAGAGGUCUGCCAGACAUUCUGAUAACAUGACCUAUGUGCAAGACGUAUUUCAUCAGUUUUGUGAUUUCGUUCUUGCUGCUUUUGAAUGCAGCAGAACAUCUGAAAGCGACAAGGAAAGGCUCCUUGGGAGUCGCAAAACACUGCUCCAAGUAGCAGUUUCAGCUUUGAAGAAUUCACUUAUUGUUUGUGCAAACCACAAGAAAAGCCUUUCCUCCUUCAAAAGGAUUAUUUCAAGUGCAUGGAUUGAGCCUCAAGAACUAAAGUAUUUAAUUUCAGCACUCGGUAAUAUUGGGGCUUCACUAUACAAUUCUGGGCAGUUGAGAGAGGCUUCAGUAGCUCUACAAUUGCGUUGCAAAACGAUAAGGACACAUGUCAAGCUCCUUUGCAAGAUGUACUUUGAAAGUCCAAAACACAGUGUUACUGAUGGUUUUGCAGAGGAUGAAAUAAAAAGUGUCAUUGUGGAUGCAUUUGAAAAGUGUGCUUGGAUAGUGGAUGUUCUUCACAAAUGUCAUGCUGCUAAUGCCCAUAAAAUUGCUGUGAAGAGUCUAGCAGAGUUAUCUUCUGAAGAAGAUGUGUUUCCUACUUUAUCUGGUUCUUUGGCUCUGGUGAAACAAUGGGUUAAGAUGUUGUGCAAGGAUUUUGAGAAUGUUGAGGCUGUCGAGAAAGCUCCUUAUCUCUAUUCAUUAUUGUUGAGUCGUUGUUCAACAUGGUCAAAGAAAACAUUGGGCAAGAUUCUAGAGCAGGAGCUUUUAGCAUAUGGACUAAUGGAAUCUCGUAACAUAGAUCUAUGCCAGAAGAUGCAAAUCAAAGUUAUAGAUACGCUCUUGAAUGAUGUAUUGACUACAGAAGAAUAUAAUUUUCAAAGAUCAAGGAUUCUUGUUAAAAAGGCAAGAGUUCUUAGAGCUCGCGGUAUAGAAGGUUUAAACGACUGUAUUAAGUGUCUCAAUGAUGCAAUUUCCCUUCUUCAGAAAGAUAUACCUAGCAUUCCUUCAGCAGAAAAUGCUUUAAUCUACAACCAGUUGGCCUUAAUUUAUAUUUUGUCUGCACAGUGCAGUCAAGAAGAAAAGCAAGAUCAUGAGGUAAUCCUGCAGAAUGUUCAUAAAGCAUUGGGGAUAUGGUCUAGAAUAGACAUCCAAGGUCAGGGUUUCAAUAAUGGCUACCUUGAGUUGGCUGCAACAAGUACAAUGCAAUUAUUGUGUAGUAUUGUUGAUUUAUUGUCAAUGAAGGGUUGCUGGGAACUUCAGUUUGGCAUCUGUAAGCUGAUCAUCAUAUUUCUAAAGCGUGAAAAUGUCCCCAUAGAAAAAUGUUUGGCUAUUCUCUGGAGUGAGAGAAGGCUAAAUCACUCACUUUGUGCUUCUCCUGUAAAUGAGGAUGCUAUUUUGCAUAUUUCACAAUGCCUUGACAGUCAUGCUAACUCUGUUGACUUUUGGAUGACUUGUCUGAAAGAUUAUCCAUCAUAUCUAGUGGCUUUCUGCCAGAAGUUUUCACUUUCUGAUUCCGUGCUACCUGAAGUAAGCCUAUACUGUUGUGAAAGACUUUUUGGUACCGUCACUGUUGACGAAGUGAAAAAGGUGGCAUCAGCUCUAAUCGCAGAUGUACCUUUGUCCAGUCAAUCAGCUUCAAUUGCCGGAUAUCUUUACUAUGAUUUGUCUGAGAGGCUUUUCUCAGGGGGACAUUUUUUUGAGGCACUAUCUCAUGCUAGAAUGGCCCUUUCGUUGCGAAGAAAAACACUACAGAGGAAAUUCAUUUAUUCAUUUGAACACAGGUUUUCUGAAUCUGUUGCCUCUGCAAAUCAGAAUAGGCAGGAUAUCAAUUACCUUGAGAUAAUUAGAUCAGUGGCAACUGAACUCUGGCCAGAUAUCAGUAAAUUCAAAGACUUGGAGAAUUCUAUCCUUACUCCAUGGAGUGUUCUCAGGUGCUACCUUGAGAGCAUUUUACAGGUUGGGGUUAUUAAUGAGUCAAUUGGAAAUGGGGCUGAAGCUGAAGUUCUGUACCUCACUGGAAAGAGAUUAUCCACUUCGCAAAAUUUACCCAUUUUUCAGAUUGCCUUUACUUCUUCAUUAGGUCAACUUUAUAGCAAAAACCAAUUCUGGGAAUUGGCUGAAAGUGAGAUGAACAAGUUUGGAGAUGUCUCCAGAAAUUGCCCUGAGAAAGGUUCCGCUGUUCAGUUGUCAUCUGAUGCUGUACGCGUAUACAAGAAAGCUUUAGAUAAACUGACUUGCAAUGACAUGAAGUGUUCUUUUAACCUCUGUAGAAAGACCUAUGCAUCUAGCACAUCAUUGGACAAGAACAACAUAAAAGAGGCCCAACAAAAUGUUCUGAAUGAUGGCAAAAGGCCUCCAUCUUUUGGGGACGUUAGACUGCCUGAAUGUAGCAUUUGUUCUUUGACUCCAAAUCUCAAUGUUAAUCAGGCUAAACAAGUGCAUCUGGAAAACAUUGAAAGCAAAGGAUCAAACCUACAAAAGGGAAUCAAGAAAAGUUCUCGGAUUCGGUCAAAAUGUUUACAGAAGGAACAAGAUUUGAAUCCUGAGAUGAAACCAAAAACUAGUGUAAGCAAGAGAAAUUCACGUAAUAAAAGCACAAGUGCGGCUGGUAAAGUGGACAACAAUGAUGCUACUUGUGCAAAUGAUGAUAUUUCUUAUGAGACUCUGAGCCAUAAAAAUUCAGAAGCUAAAGGAAAUGGGAACUUUUCCACUGAAUUUUCAUGCGGAGAAGAGUGCGUACCAAACAACCUAAAAUGUUGGAGAUGCCUUCUUACAAAGGCGAUGGUAGAUGGGUGUAUGCAGAAUAUUAGUUAUCUAAAAUGGGAAUGUUAUCGUAAACGUCUUGAACUGCAAUUAUGUUUGAAGAUAGCAAAAUGUAAAGGAAUUUACUGCCGAAAAAGUAAAGCACAUGAAGUACAUGAUGGAUUUUGGCAAUGCAUCUCCGUUAUGUUCAACCAGAAUCUGAGGUGUCCUAACAUUAGUGAUUCCUGUUUGAUUGAGCUCACACAGGGAGAGGUUUCAAGAGAUAUCUUUCCAUUGGAGCGAGCUGCAAUAUUAUAUAAUAUGAGCUGGUUUUUCUUAAAGGACUGUAAUCCAGAGCAUUCUAGGACGAAAUGUUGCAGUCUUGCGAAUAUCCAGAUGCCUGAUAUUAUUCCUUGGAUAGCAAGGGCCUUUAUACUUAGCCGGGAGCUGCCUUCUCUUUUUGAGAAGGUGUCAAAACUAUUGGCUUCCGUAUUGUUAAUUUCCACGGUUGAUGGCCCUGUUUCAGUACCUUUGUCUUCUGAGAAUUCAAUAUCUACCAGUCAUUGGGCAGCAUAUUUUCAUCAAGCUUCUCUGGGUACUUACUUGCCCUGUCAAUAUCUUGCCUGUGUGAAUGAUAAAGCCUGCUACCCUAAGGUUUCAGAGGAUCCAUGUGCUGUCAUGCUGAACACAGCUGUCAAAGCAUCAAACUAUCUCAGAUUUGCACCGGAAAAGCUUGAAGACCUUGAGGAUUUUGUGAGGGAGUUUUUCGAAAGCCUCCCUAGUGUUCCCAUAGUUUGUAUAAGCUUGCUUGAAGGCGAUUAUGCCAACCUUAUUGGUGAAACACUGCUUCUUCCUUCCUUCGUACCUGCUUGGAUGCUGCUAUCACGUCUAAAUGGAGUUGGGCAACCAAUUUCUAUGCUUCUUCCUGUUGAUUGCAUUCCAGAAGAAGUUCAGUUUAAAUCAGUGGAGGAAUGGCAGUGCCCUUGGGGUUACAGUGUUGUAGAUAAUGUAGCUCCAGUCUUCAAGCAGCUUUUGAAAGAGAAUUUCUUGUCAUCCACUAUGACAAAUACCAGUGCAGAUGCGAAGAUCAACAACAUCAAUUGGUGGUCUCAGAGGAGCAGUCUUAAUGAUUGCCUAAACAAGUUUCUGAAAUCCAUGGAAGAUUCAUGGCUUGGGCCAUGGGCUUGCUUGUUGCUUGGUGAGCUUUCAGACGUUGACUCUGUGAGCAAGAUGGUCAAAGAACUUAUAAAUGAACUGGAGCUUCAUUGCGAAGUGGAAGCAAAUGUUAGUCUCCUCACAGCUAUUCUUGGUGGUUCUAAGUCUAUAGCUGAUGCGGAGGCAUGCAUUUCUCAGUUUCUGCUGUACAAGGGCUACUUUGGUAGGGGAGCAUGUUGUGGAAAGGAAAGAUUGAGGGUCUUCUCCACUGCUUGUACUAAAAAAAUAAGUAUUCCUGAAAACGUUUAUAAGGUGAUAGUAGAGAUGGUUGAUCAAGUUGCGGAACCAGCUGAUAGAGAGCCCGUAAUUUUAGUAUUGGAUUCCGACGUGCAGAUGCUUCCUUGGGAAAAUUUACCGACAUUAAGGAGGCAUGAGGUUUAUCGCAUGCCAUCUGUAGGCAGUAUCUCUCUUACACUCAGAAGGUGUUCUUACUAUCAAGAACUGAAGAACACAUUUGGUUCUGGCUUUCCACUUGUCAACCCGUUGGACAGUUAUUACUUAUUGAACCCCAGUGGUGACCUCGGCGGUACACAAGUUGAAUUUGAACAGUGGUUCAGAAAUCAAAACUGGAAAGGAGAAGCUGGAAAAGUGCCAAGAGUCGAGGAGCUGGUUUUAGCUUUGCAGAAUCAUGACUUAUUUUUGUACUUUGGUCAUGGGAGUGGUAUGUUUGCCCAAUUUCCCAUUUUAUCUUCUAAAUCUGCCUCAUGUUUUUCUAAGCUUAACUUCUGA